AUGACUGCGACUUCUGUAGAUGAGCGAUCGUCGAACGGGCAGCCGCCGACUCAUCACCAUCGUUACGGUGACGGUGAUGAGGACGAGCAGCAGCAACAGUCCAGCGCUACCACUACUACAACUACUACGGACAGCAUCGAUCGCGAGCUAGCUCCGUCCGGUAUUGCCGGUCCGGUUGAGCUACAGGGCGAACCGAAUCUACCGGAUGUUCGCUUAUGUACUAUAGAGCAUCGUAUGUUGUCUGAGAGUGAUGCCGAUAUUGUGAGGCUUACCAAACAACGGAAACAACGUAGAAGGAGAGGUAAGGGGCGUUGGAAGCCUUAUCAUAAUAUGACAACUGAAGAAAAACUCGCAAAGGAUGAACGAGUGGAGCGGAACGCGUUGAGAAAAAGAGCGAGAUUAUUCUCGAACGGUAAACCAAUGGCUCCAUAUAAUACGACACAGUUUUUGUUGGAAGAUCGCGAGAAGCGAGUUACUGUGGACUCAGAUGGAGAUUCAGUGAGUGGGACGGCUGCAAUGCCGAAAGCGAGCAUUUCACCACAACGUGAAAGGGAGCGUUUACUGUCGGGUUCAGAUGCUGGCGGUAAUACGUCGGAGAGUGGGAGUGUUUCGGGUGAAGAGGAUGAGUUGAUGGAACGUGAGUUCGAGGCAGAGUACGACAAUGUGAAUUUAAUGCGUAUCAAUGGAAUGAGUCGAGAAGAGGUAUCUAUUUGUGAUCAUUUUAUCAUUCGAGAGAUGAUGUAUUUGGAGAGGAACAACGGGAAACUAAUGGAUCAAGUAUCGUUGCUCAAUUCGGAGAAUGAAAAUCUCAAGAAGCUGUUGACAGAGCAUAAAAUUGAGUACGCAGAUGUGCUGUCGGCGAAGCGAAGUCGAAGUGGCGACUCGUUCGAUUCGGAUGUGAGUGCGGUGCUUGUGCCAGAAUCCAGUCCAAUUACCGUAAAACGGUCCGAUAUGAACACGCGAUCGAUUUGA